AUGGCUUAUCUUAAUUUGGCAUCAACUGCCAAUUCGACAACAUCAUCAACAUCAUCACCUUAUUCACAUGUUAAUAGUAAUGGAGGAGUAUCAACAAUGCCGCCAUCACUUGCAUCAAAUUCUCCAUCUCUAUUUGGUUCAGUUGGUGGUGGAAAACAAUGGACAACAAUAGGACAACCAACAUCAUCAUCAUCAACAUUGACACAACAAUUAUUAAUGAAACAACAACAAAAUAUUCUUAAUAAUCAACAAACAAAUUCCUUAAAUUCAUCAUCAUCAUCGUCACAUUUUGAUAGUAUACUUGGAUUAACUAUGGCAUCAGCAUUAGCGUCAUCUUCUCAAACACAAAUUGAGAAAAAUUUUGAAUUACAACAAGAAGAUUUUCCGCCAUUGCCACAUCGAAAUAAUUCUCAUGAACCAACACCAUCAUCUACGAAUGUUCAACCACUAUAUCAAAGUCAAUAUUCAUCGUCAUCAUCAUCAUCAAAUCUUCAUCAACCAAUAACAAAUGGAUAUAAUUCAUCUCAACAACAACAACAUUCUCAAUCACAAUCACCAAUAUCAUUUAAAACAUCUAUUGAUGCUUUAAGUACAUUAAUAAAUCGACGUCAAACAUCAGUUAAUAAUAAAACAACAUCAUUAACAAAUAAUUCAACAUCAUCAUCAUCAACAACAACAAAUCCACAACAAAUAUCAAAUACAUCAACAACAACAACAAAUACAAAUGGUCUACCAUCAUCAACAAUUACAGAUCAAUAUGGUCUUGUUGGUCUUCUACAAAUGAUUCAACAAGCAGAAAAAAAUCCUGAUACAUCAACAUUACUAAAUUAUGAUCUAACGACACUCGGACUUAGUAUGGAAAGUCAAAAUGAUUUAUAUCCAUCAUUUCUAUCUCCAUUUUCCGAUAGUCAAGCUCGACCAUAUGAAAUUGAUUAUCAAGUUCCAUUUGAAUAUCAAAUGGGAUUACAAAUACGUGACAAAUUACCUCCACUUAAUUUUAAUACAUUAAAUGAAGAUACGUUAUUUUUUUUAUUUUAUUUAUUUGGUAAUGAUCAUGUGCAAUUAUUAGCUGCUGCUGAAUUAUAUCGACGUGAUUGGCGUUAUCAUAAAGAAGAACGUAUAUGGUUAACACGAAUAAAAAAUAUAAUGCCUGAUCAAAAAUAUGAUACAUAUGAAACAGGUGUUUAUUGUGUAUUUGAUGUACAACUUUGGCGUAAAACACAUAAAAGUAUGCGAAUUGAUUAUGAAAAAUUAGAUGUAAAUCCUGUAAUGAAACAAGAUUUAUUUGCUUCUAAAUUACUUCAACAACAGUCGUCUGUACAACAACAAUAUGCACCUGUAUCAUCGUAUAAUACAAAUUCUUCUAGAUAG